UUUAUUGAUUUUCAAAAACAGCAAAGCGCAGCCUCCUGCCUCCGUCAGGCAGGAAGAAUGCUGUUGCAGUAGUCUCCUCUCUGGAAUAAACGUCUUGCAUCAACCCAGAGUGCCUGUAUCGAAGCUCCAUUGUUGUCAGCAGCGUGGCAGCUGUUGCAGAGCUGGUCUCCUGUUUCUUGAUCUUGAGGUGUUCUGAGAGAAAACAUGGGUUAUGGAGGCCCUUCUUCUUUAUAACAGCGAGUCUGAAAGUGAUGAGGAGUUGGAGCCCUCUGAAUCCCCUCCACGCAAGCGUUCUUGCAAGGGCCUUGACAAUUCUGGGAAAAAUGGAAGACCCGUCAUCUUGGAAGGAGGGGCAGUUGGCCUUAUUUCAAACAGCGCAAGUAGGGAGGGCACCGUGCAGAUUGGGAGUGGGAUAAGUCUUCUUCAGUCUACUCCAAAGCAUGAACCUUUUACAGAGCGAAGCGGCUCUAAGCCUUCAGCGAUUGCUGGCAGCUCAAAGGCCAGCUUGCCAGGUCUUCCUUUUUCCAAUCAUAGUGCGCCAACAGCCUUGUUGUCGCCACUCCCAGGCUCACUCCAAGGCAGCGAGAGUCAAAGAAACACAGGACAUCAAGGACGAGUGCGCAAGUUCCCGCACGUCGAGGGCAACUAUGCCACACACGUCUACAUUCCAGUCAAGGUGCCCAGGAACUUCAAGACCACUUUGACCCGCUCCCUCCAACGAGCAAAGAUGCUUUUUCCAGCUCUGCAACCAAUGGAGGGGCUCUCUGGGAACCAAGACUGCAACGCAGGACUAUCAAGAGUCUUGGAACCAGCUGAUAGCUACCACAUCAGCCUUUCUCGAACGGUCCCAAUCAAGCAUUAUCAAAUCGAGUCUCUCGUUGAGAUGCUGAAGGAGAACUUCAUGAGCCAGAAAAGGUUUGCUUUGAAGCUCGCAGAGUGGCAAGCAUUCGUGAACGAUGAUUCAACGCGAUCCUUUCUUGCUCUUGGGACUACACACGGGACAGAACAGAUAUGCGAGCAAGUCCGUCUCGUCAAUGAAGCGUUUGCUGUGCACGAGCUACCUGUCUUCUACAAGGAACCUCGUCCACAUGUCUCUGUCGCCUGGUGCCUUGAAGAGAGGCUGGCCGAUCUGAAGCAGAUUUGUGGAACCCUUGACGUGCCCUGCAAUCCCAGCGAGACAGACCCUUCCAACUGGGAGAAUGGUUCUGAAAGAUGGGGCUCUGAAGUAAGACGAGUUGAGUGUAAGAUAGGAAAGAAGAUAUAUGUCAUCUGGUCAGGCUAGCCCUCCCAUCCUCGAAGCUUGUCGUUCAGGGGACAUCAAAUUGACGACUUGAGGAAAGAAGUAUGACGCAUCAACUGGCAUGGUCAGGUCAAAGCGUGCAACCUUAGUGCCAUACAUAGGGCGCAAGAUGGUCAAAACGGCC